CUUUUUUGGCUUCCGGUACAGGAAUACCACCCAUUCGUUCUUUUAUUCAACUUCCUUCUUUUUCGCUAGUUACGAGUCUGAGACUUGGUUUCAUUCCCUCAUUGUCCAACGCACUCUUUUUGUUGGUCUUGAAUUCUUACCUGAUCUCGUUCUACGAUCAAACUCUGUGUUUAUAGCAAAGACACCAUGCGUACCAACUUCUUCGCGGUCACAGCCGGUCUGGCUUCUACGGCCUCUGCUUUCGACUGCACGGGUCCAUACUUCAGUUUCUAUAAUCGAGGCGGGAACGCCAUGAGCUACCAGCGGCUUGAUCCUGCCUUGUUCCCCGGAAUCGAAAGCCCGCAUCUUCAUUCGUUUGAUGGUGGUAACGGGCUUGCCGCGACGAUGGGGUUUGAUACCACCCAGGAAUCGAGCUGCACCACUGCCCGCAUAAAGCCCGACAAAAGUUUAUACUGGAGGCCAACUCUCUAUUGGAACGGAAACAACACUGGUUUCUACCGCGUCCCUGACAAGUUCCUCAAGAUCUACUACAAAUUUGGUGACGCUGGGAAUAUCAGAGCAAAUGUCACCGAGUUUCCUGAAGGUUUCCGUAUGAUCGCUGGAAAUAGCAUGCUACGUCAUGACGAUGGCGUAGUUGGAACUAACAAGGGACCUGGAAUUCAAUGGUCUUGCAAGGGCGAGAACUACGCGUCGACCGAUGCCAUCGGUUUCCCUAAGGGCUUCACAUCCUGCAAGGAGGGACUAGCUUCUCAGAUCACGUUCCCUGCUUGCUGGAAUGGAAAGGACCUCGACCCCAAAGAUCCAACUGCCCACAUGGCCUGGCCUACAGCUGGAGGCACUGGCUUAGAUGCCUGUCCCGACACCCACAAAACUGCCAGGUUCCCCUCUAUCUUCAUUGAAUUCUGGUAUGAUGUCUCAGCAUUUGACGGGCAAUACAGUGCGGACAGCAGCCCCUGGGUUUUGGCCAACGGUGACCCAACUGGUUAUGGCUUCCACGCUGACUUCCUCAACGGAUGGGAGAAGGGCGUCCUCAACAAAGCCAUCGCUCCGGAAGGUUACUGCAACUGUGGAUGUGGAUGUGGUAAUGACCAAAUGAAGGCUUGCUUCGGUGCCAACAAUGUCAACGACGACAACGAUGCCGAGUUCAAAUCGUGCUCUGCAAAGGCUACUUUCGGAGGUGAUGACAGCAGCCCUCUUGAGCAGCUCCCAGGCUGCAAUCCAUUGCAAUCUGGGCCUGCAGACGCCACAUCCGCAUCUGGAGCUGGUUGCUCAGCUGCUCCUGCUGCCUCCGAAAAGGCAAGCUCUGCUCCCGCCAGUGUUACUGGCUCUCUAAGAUCUGGUAGUGCUUCUCUGGCCGCUAGCAUGUCUGCCGCCCAGACUAUUGAAGCUACAUCUGCUGAGGUCGUAGACUUCACCUCCCAUGCUGUCCCUACUUCUCUCUCUCUCAGCCUCCCAGGGAAGGCUCAAGGCACUGAUGGAUAUGGCUACGGGGAUGUUACACCUACUAGCCUGGCAACGGUUGCAACCACAGCUCCGGAUGUGUCUGAGACUGGAACCCUUGGCCCAUUCUUCUCUGACAUGGCUACAAACUCUCCCAGCGGGCUGUCACCUCUUUCGAGUGACUUGAGCCACGCUAUCCCUUCACUUGCUAGCACAGCUUCUCCAGCCGAAUCCUCCGGUGCUGGCGGAGACGGGGCUUGCAAGCCGCCUGUCUACAUUACAAUCACUCCAACCGUGUAUGUUACCGCUGCUGAUGCCUUCCCCAAUAUCACUGCAUGCGAUGACAAUACUGUCUAUACAACUAUCACCAACACCGCGACUGUUACAGUCCCUUCUGGUGGUUACAAGCACAAGAGGCACGCAGAUCUGCACAAGCUCUAAACGGGCAUCACACCUUGGAAAAUAUAUUAGGAGAAAGGGAUCGGACUGGGCAGGCGCAAAUGAGACUGAUUCUCAUUUUCAUGAUAGGAUGCAUUACUACCACCCUCGCGGCUUUAAAACGGAAGGAAUUAGAGGCUUUUUGGCUAGUAUUGCG